GAGGUCAAGCGAGGAAAUGGUAUAACCGCCUCGAUGAAUAUGACUAUUCGUGGAAAGACUGGAAGCAAAUGUUGAUGAGAGCUUUUCCACGGCACCGGGAUUAUGGGAACUUGCUAGAAGAAAUGAUGAACAGAAAGAAAGUAUCUACAGAAUCAAUGACGAAAUACUACCAGGACAAAGUGGCAAUGUGUUUUCGAUGCAAGUUGUCCGAUAGCGCGACUGUUUCUUGCAUCAUCAGAGGACUACCUCAAUCUCUUCAACCAAAUGCGAGGGCAUACCAAUGUGAUUGACCCGAAGAUUUAUAUGAAGGCUUCCUCUGUGCUCUGGACGAUUAUCAACCGCCAGCGUCCUCAACUGGAACACGUUUGCCAAAUAAAGAAUCUAGCAGUACUGCCAACAAUCGACAAGUGCAUGACAAAUAAUACACCUCCGUGAAUUCUGAAACGGACCCUUGUCCAAGCUGUAAGAAGACUGGCCAUUUAUUACGCAACUGCCCAUAUCCGGAUUCAAGAACAUGCUUCAAAUGCGGCAAACAAGGUCAUAUUGCAACGCGCUGCACUGCUCCGAAAACCACAACAUCGACCGAUGAUAAAGUCAAGGAAAUUAGACUCCUGCUAAACCACAAUAAGGUUUACGAAAAACUGGCUACAAUCAAUGGCAUACAUGUUAAAUCUUAUAUUGACACCGGGAGUCAAGUUAAUGUACUGUCUACUCACGUGGCGAGACUAUUAGGCUUAGAAAUUAGCCCCACGACCACUAUCCUCAGGGGUUUUUCCGGGAAACAUUUGAACAGCUGCGGAGAAGUAGCGUUUGAAGCUGCAAUCGAUGGCAUAUCUAUUCCCUGCAAGGCCCAUUUAACUAAUGUGGAUAUGGGUAACAUUAGCCUAUUGAUUGGACAGCCCAUCAUCAACAGUGACGGAAUGACCCUGGUGGUCAGCGAGGGUAAAGCUACUCUCAAACAGGACGUGGACUUUAUAAAAGAAAUUGAUGUGAUUGAAGAACCCAUUCGCUUCAAGGUCAUCACUUCUGAAAAUGAGUGUUUGUUGCCUGGAGUAUCCAUCCUAAAAGUUCGCGUGCUGAACAACGUCGAAGACAACGAUGUUGUCACCACGCCUCAACAUUAUGAGCUACAAGGCGUAUCUUACUCCAUUCCUGCGACUCUGCUACGAGGUUCCACCGGGUACAUCAAAGUGAUAAACAGCGGAGCUGAAAACAUCGUUUGGAAGCGAGGCGAGGUGAUAACUAGAGCCGACAGCUGCACCAGCCCACCGCCAAAGGAUAUUCAGGACGGCCGAGUGUGACGUCACACAUAUUCAGCCACUCUGCGCGCCAUCAAAUUCAGCCAAUCAUAGCCAAGCCAAGCCACCACUCCAUCUCCCGGAUGCCACCGGUAGUGGGGAAAGCCUAUAUAAGAGCCUGCGCGCCAUUUUUAGCCCUCUUGCUCCUGCGCUACGCAUCUGGUGCCGAAUCGCUGCCCGAAUUGUGAUCAUUGUGUGCCUAUUUACUACCUAUACCUUAUAUUAUGGUGGAAAUCUAGUAAAUCAGUGUGUUUGCCUUA